AUGGUCGCUAUUCGCUCGUUUCUCAUGCUCCCGGCCGCUGUUGGUGUUGCAUUAGCUGGACCAUGCAAACCUCAAAGCUCCAUCACCACCACUGCCUCCCAGAUCAGCAGCGUUACUACAUUGUCCGCAGCGCCAACCACCGAAUCAUCCACGAUCUUUCUGAGCGAUUCUGCAGUCGAACAGACUGACAAAUCUACCACUAUCCUGACUGAAAACACUGCUACCACAGUAACCGGCGAGACGAUCGAGACUACUGAGACCACUGCUACUGCAAAAGCUGGGACUACCGAGAUUACUACAGUAGCUGUCGAGACUACCGACAGUACUGAGACUACUGCUACUACAGUAGCUGGCGAGGAUACUGGAACCACCGAGACUACUGAGACUGUUGCUGCCACAGCAGCUGAGACCACUGAGACUACCACCACUGCCUUAGAGAGUACCACGGAUGUCACCUCCGACGCCAUUUCGACGGACACGGCCGAAUACACUCCCACGACUCUUGCCACGUCCUUGGCAGCAAGUUCAGAAGCCUUGACCUCUGAGGCGACAACUACGACGACUACUGCUGCAGACCCCGUCGCCACAUGUCCCUCAGAUACCACUCAGUGUAUUAGAACAAUGGAGAUUAGGUGUGGCAUUCUCCUCAGUGGCCUUACUCAAGCUAUAGAUGCCAAUACCCUAGACGAUUGUGUCCAGGCGUGCGCUACCGAUCACAAUUGCUCUGUUUUCACUUACAGCGAGAGAAGCAAACGAUGCUUCAGGGCCUCUAGUAACGACUUUCCACAAUACAACUUGGACGGGUAUACUUCUGGAAUCAAGGGUAUUUGUUAG